AAGUUUCCAAGUUUAUUUUGAAUUGGGUUGGUUUAGUUUUUGUCUUUCUAUUUUGUUUUUGUUUUUCUUUUUUAAAGAAAAAAUAGUUAUUGACGAAGUAGUUGAGUACUGUACACUAGGAUCAGAUGAAGGAGAGCCAUAACACGUUUAAAGUCUGUUGCCGGCUUGCCGCUACCUAAAAGUCAAAGUUGGGUAGUAGUCUUGACUUAGCUUUUAACCCUCAGAAAGACCAAAAUGAGUGCAAAACAGAUUGCUCUGUCCUAGUCCUGUUUCAUUUUAUCUCCAGAUAUAGUUACCAAAAAAUAGAAUCACCAAAUAUAAACUGGGAUUGGUUCUGAUAUUUCAUUAGCAGUUUGAGAUUUAAGUUUCUUAAGUCUGGGAAUUUUACUUCAACACAUAUACAUUUUGGCUUCAAUAUAUUUUUUUUUUUGAAAGUUAGUUAAAAUUUUUGGGUUGGUUCACCUUGGUCUUUCUGAAUUUGGUAGCUGAAAUUUCUGUGCUUCUUUUUAUAAUUUUGUCUUCUGGGGGAUUGAGUUCUGCAGGGGUGCCUUUCUAGAUUUGUUCUUUUCAAAGCUGGUCUUUGUGAAUCUGACUCUAAAGGCUGUUGGGUAUAGGAGCUUAUUUCUGAAAAGAUUCUCAGCAAUAAUUUCAGUUGGUGUGUCAAAGUAGAUCCAUUUAUUGUGUUUGAAGCAUUUAAGUUAGAGGUGAUAGUUGCAGAAAAUGGCUGGUGGUAGAAGAAAGAAGCAGCACUUUAGCAGAAUCCAUGCCUUUUCAUGUGGAAAAGCAUCAUUUAAAGGUGAACACUCACUGAUUGGAGGUCCUGGCUUCUCAAGGGUUGUCUAUUGCAAUGAACCUGACUGCUUGGAGGCCAGUGUCCUCAAUUAUGGCAGCAAUUAUGUCAGAACUAGCAAAUAUACCCUCAUCACAUUCUUUCCCAAAGCAUUGUUUGAGCAAUUCAGGCGGGUUGCAAAUUUAUAUUUCCUCCUCUGUGCCAUAAUGUCAUUCACACCACUCUCUCCAUACUCGGCUGUUAGUAACGUUCUUCCUCUUGUUGUGGUGAUUGGAUUUACAAUGGGGAAAGAGGUUCUGGAAGAUUGGAGGCGAAAAAAGCAGGAUAUUGAGGUGAACAACAGAAAGGUUAAAGUGCAUCGUGGUGAUGGUGAAUUCGAUAAUGCUAAAUGGACGGAUUUGAAAGUUGGAGAUAUAGUGAAGGUGGAAAAGGAUGAAUUUUUUCCUGCUGAUCUCAUCUUAUUUUCUUCAAGUUAUGAGGAAGCAGUUUGCUAUGUUGAGACCAUGAACCUAGAUGGAGAAACCAAUUUGAAACUGAAACAAGCAUUGGAUGCUACUUCAAACUUGCAUGAAGACUCAAGCUUCCAAAAUUUCAAGGCUAUAAUAAAAUGUGAAGACCCAAAUGCAAAUUUGUACUCUUUUGUAGGUGGUUUCGAGCUUGAGGAACAACAAUCCCCUCUUUCACCUCAGCAGCUACUGCUUAGGGGUUCAAAACUUCGAAACACAGAUUUUAUUUAUGGGGCGGUAAUCUUUACUGGUCAUGAUACAAAGGUUAUGCAAAAUUCUACUGCUCCUCGGUCCAAGAGAAGCAAAAUUGAGAAAAGGAUGGAUAAGAUUGUCUACUUUUUGUUUUUUAUCCUAGUGUUGAUGUCUUUUAUUGGGUCAAUUUUUUUUGGGAUUUCAACUAGUGAGGACCUGGAAGAUGGAAGGAUGACAAGAUGGUACCUUAGACCAGAUGACACUACAAUAUACUAUAAUCCAAAGAAAGCACCAGCAGCAGCAAUUUUGCACUUCUUGACUGCCCUUAUGUUGUAUAGUUACCUGAUUCCCAUUUCCUUAUAUGUUUCAAUAGAAAUAGUCAAAGUUCUUCAAAGUACUUUUAUCAAUCAUGAUCUGCAAAUGUACUAUGAAGAAGGUGACAAGCCAGCAAAUGCCCGUACCUCAAAUUUGAAUGAAGAGCUUGGCCAAGUUGACACUAUACUUUCUGAUAAGACAGGAACUUUGACUUCAAACUCAAUGGAAUUUAUUAAGUGUUCUAUUGGUGGGACUAGUUAUGGGCGUGGAAUUACAGAAGUUGAGAGAGCUCUGUCUUGGAGAAAAGGGUCAGCUUUUUCACAAGAGGUGGCAGAUGAAGAGCAUCAGGUUGAGGAUUGGACUAAAGCAAGGCCAUCCAUUAAGGGGUUUAACUUUAUAGAUGAAAGGAUCACUAAUGGUAAUUGGGUUAAUGAACCUCGCGCUGAUGUAAUCCAGAAAUUCCUACGGUUACUGGCCAUCUGCCAUACGGCAUUACCUGAAGUUGAUGAAGAAACAGGAAGAAUUUCUUAUGAAGCUGAAUCACCAGACGAGGCUGCUUUUGUGAUUGCUGCAAGAGAGCUGGGGUUUGAAUUUUACGAGAGGACUCAAACGAGCAUUUCACUGCACGAAUUGGAUCCCAUAUCUGGCAGGAAAGUUGAAAGAUCAUAUAAACUUUUGAACAUCUUGGAGUUUAGCAGCUCAAGAAAGCGGAUGUCUGUGAUUCUGAGAAGUGAGGAGGGAAAGCUACUACUACUUUGUAAAGGCGCUGACAGUGUCAUGUUUGAAAGACUUGAGAAGAAUGGAAGGGAAUUUGAAGAGCAGACUAAGGAGCACGUUAAUGAGUAUGCUGAUGCUGGUUUGAGGACAUUGUUACUUGCAUAUCGUGAACUGGAUGAGGAAGAAUACAAUGAAUUCAAUGUGGAAUUUACUGAGGCCAAGAACUCGUUGAGCGCAGAUCGUGAGGAAAUGAUUGAGGAAGUGGCUGAAAAGAUUGAGAGGGAUUUGAUUCUUCUUGGUGCAACUGCAGUUGAAGACAAGCUUCAAAAUGGGGUUCCUGAGUGCAUUGACAAGCUUGCACAGGCUGGAAUCAAGAUAUGGGUUUUGACUGGAGAUAAAAUGGAGACUGCAAUCAAUAUUGGCUUUGCUUGUAGUUUGCUAAGACAAGGAAUGAAGCAAAUUGUAAUCAGCUCAGAGACACCAGAAAGCAAAGCGCUGGAGAAAGUUGGGGACAAGUCUGCUAUUGCUGUGGCUUUUAAGGCAAAUGUCCUCCGCCAAAUUAAUGAGGGGAAAAAAUUGCUUACCACAUCAAGUGAAAACUCAGAAGCAUUAGCUUUGAUCAUUGAUGGGAAGUCACUCUUUUGUGCUUUAGAGGAUGAUGUCAAGGACAUUUUUCUAGAACUUGCACUUGGCUGUGCAUCUGUUAUUUGCUGUCGUUCUUCUCCCAAACAAAAAGCACUUGUUACAAGACUGGUCAAAGUUAAAACAGGUACAACAACUCUAGCAAUUGGUGAUGGAGCAAAUGAUGUCGGAAUGCUUCAAGAAGCAGACAUUGGAAUUGGUAUCAGUGGUGUUGAGGGAAUGCAGGCAGUCAUGUCAAGUGACAUUGCGAUUGCUCAGUUCCGAUAUUUGGAGCGCUUGCUUCUUGUGCAUGGACAUUGGUGUUACAGAAGGAUUUCGACAAUGAUAUGCUAUUUCUUUUACAAGAACAUUGCUUUUGGCUUCACCCUCUUUUUCUUUGAGGCAUAUGCAUCAUUCUCAGGCCAAGUUGCAUACAAUGAUUGGUAUCUGUCACUAUAUAACGUCUUCUUCACAUCACUUCCUGUGAUAGCCUUAGGAGUGUUUGACCAGGAUGUCACUGCAAAGCUUUGUCUCAAGUUCCCUCUGCUGUACCAAGAAGGUGUACAAAAUGCCCUAUUUAGCUGGAUUCGAAUCCUUGGCUGGUCAUUUAAUGGGGUAUUGAGUGCUACUUUGAUCUUUUUCUUUUGCAUCCGUGCAAUGGAGCAUCAGGCCUUUCGGAAAGGUGGUGAAGUUGUUGGUUUGGAAAUCCUUGGAACCACUAUGUACACAUGUGUUGUGUGGGUGGUGAACUGUCAAAUGGCACUAUCCAUCAACUAUUUCACAUAUAUACAACAUCUCUUCAUUUGGGGUGGCAUUAUAUUCUGGUAUAUAUUCCUUUUGGCAUAUGGAGCAAUGGAUCCCACCAUAUCAACAACUGCCUAUCAGGUCUUUGUAGAAGCCUGUGCACCAGCCCCCUUCUUUUGGCUCCUCACUCUGUUUGUGCUAACCUCUUCUCUCAUCCCAUAUUUCACUUAUGCAUCCAUCCAACUGCGGUUUUUCCCCAUGUAUCAUCAGAUGAUACAAUGGAUAAGAAAUGAUGGUCAAUCAAACGAUCCUGAAUACUGUGAUAUGGUGCGGCAGAGAUCAUUAAGGCCUACAACAGUAGGAUUUACAGCCCGUUUUGAGGCAACAUCUAAGCGCUUUGAAGAGAAGCCUGAGGGUCAUUGAUGAAAUUAUUUUAAUUUUUGUGAAAAUUCUUAGCAUAAGUUGGUGUAGAUUAAUUUGUUUCACAGACGAGUUUCUUUUCGAUGUAUAUAAAUCACGUGGAGAUGGGUCUUUCAGUUGCACUGCUUGACAACAAAUGUGUCAAAGAUGAUUAUAUCUAGUUAACUGAUACACUCAUGUCCUCCCAGUUUUUGGUUAGGAGAUUUUGUUUCUGUAAGCUCCAUAACUAAAAUUUUGACCAUAUUUAAUUUUAUGGUCAUUGUUGUAAUAUUAAUGCAUCAUGACACAAAUAUAUUUGAUUCAAAUCAGAUUCUCUUUUCCAUGUAUAAGAAUAAUAGUGCCUUUUACCUC